AGGGACCAAAUUCAACAACAUAUUUGAUAUAUUUUUGAGAGACCCUACGAUUCAUAGGCUAUAGAUUUGAGUCUGCCAAUGGAAACAGGCGAAGGAGCGGAGUGGAGAACUGGACUAACUGUGGGACGCCAGCAGUGCUACCUCCACGAGGAGCUCUUCCUGUCGCACCACCCGUUGCAAAGCGUCACCGCCAAGAGGCUCCAGCUGCCCUGGUGGUGCGCCCUCCUGGAAAGCCUCUUCCUGCUCCUGCUGGUGAAGCUGCUCCAGAUGUAGGCGGGCCAACACCUCGCCGUAAUUGCCGAGAUUGCUGAUGUGAGCGGACAGGUGGAGGCGACAAAUGUCACACAUGCUGCUCGUAAAUCACAUCGGAAACGGUUUUUCCCCGUUGCUCUUGCUGCACAUGAUAAUUUGGCCAGGUUGGCCAGGUUGGCCAGGGUGGAGGUCUGGCCUAUGUGCUCCUAAUUAAAUUGUUCAAAAUGUUUUCCAGCGCGCUUUCGGGUCUGGCGCUGGAAAAUCGCUGACAAAUGCUGCCAUCAAAGCACAGAAAAAGUUUUCAUUUUGUUUUGUCAAUGUCCAGGCCACAUAGCACCCAGAGGUGGACGGGCACAGUGGGCUGCGUUCUGCCAAAAUUGGGUAAAAUGAAUAUAUGGCAUUAUGUGAACAUUUAAGAACAAUUAUGAAUAUAUAUUUUACUAGAGGUGACUGAUAAUGUAAAUCAAGUUUAAGCCAAAUAAUAUUCUACAUAAGUUAAUACACAAUUUAAUCAGUA